CUCGUUAGACGACCAAACGUUUAACCCGGAAUAAGCAGCACAAAAGCAGAGGAGACGGCUGCUUCAUAGUUCAUACGCUGCCACUCGAUUCGUAAUACGAUUUCUGAUCGCAGUCCUUCGUUAUUCGUCUAUCUCCUACGUAUCGUGUUUAGCGUGCGAAAAUGGCAACAUUCGAACUGUACAGAAGGUCGACGAUCGGAAUGUGUCUAACCGAGACGCUUGACGAGAUGGUUCAGAACGGUACUCUCAGCCCCGAGCUUGCUAUUCAGGUUCUCGUCCAGUUCGACAAGUCUAUGCAUGAAGCUCUGGAAACGCAAGUCAAGAGUAAGGUCUCCAUUAAGGGACAUCUACAUACGUACAGAUUCUGCGACAAUGUUUGGACCUUCAUUUUGCAUGAUGCUUUUUUCAAGAGUGACGAAUGCGAAGAGAACAUCAGAAGGCUAAAAAUAGUGGCAUGUGACUCGAAGUUGCUAUCACAAUAAUAACAUGUCCAACGUCUUCUACAUUAUCAACGAAGAAAAAUUGCUAUUUGCUGGUAGAAUGGGAACGGAGGCAAGGAAAGUGACCAAUGCUAUAAAUUAUUGAAAGGGCAAAUUAUAAAAAAGUUGUAGAUUUAAAAGCCAUCAAUCUUGACAUCUUUAGGCAUUUCAUGUUAUACUGAUUGAAAGUGAUCCGUGAGUAUUCGCUGAAGACACUUUUCUAUUGUAAUUUGCUCCAUGGCAUCGGUAAAUGAAUCCGUUUAUCUUAGCAGGACUUGGCGGUUGAGAAUAUAACUAUCCUCAGACACUAGCUAUAAAGUGAUCAUUAAUGAGAAUUGGAAUGCCGUCUGAUUGGCCUUUUUUUUUUUU